AACGGUUGCGCGGGGGAAUGCAGGAAGAGACGCGGGGUGGAAGAACAAGACGAAGAUGGCGAGUUCCGCAGAUGCAGAAAGAAGAUAGAGAACUGGAGGAAGGAGACGAUUACAACAUGGAAAGGGUGGCACUCCGACCACGGUCGUCCCGGCUCAAGGCGAAAAUGGAGAAGAUGGAGUCAGAGAAGGCCAGUGAUUUACACAUCGGGCAUGCUUACCCUGAACUGAGCCAUGAAACUCGUGAUGAUGACGUUUGUGGGCAAGAAAAAAUGAAAAGUCGGAAGAGAGUAAAACAUGACAGAAAUAUGCGAGAUUACAUUCCAAAACAGGAUGAAGUCAUCUACCAACAUCCUGCAAAAUCUUCUUCACUACAUGUAUUCACUUUACGUUUGCAUGUCAACCAUUAUUGCAUUCCAGAAAAUCUACAUCGGAUGGGGAAAACAAAUAUCCUUGCAACGCCAGUUUUCAUGAAAGAAACGAUCUUCUGGAGCAAGUCAAAUCUGACAUUUUGAAAGAAGACUGUUCAAAUAGUUUUCUACAAGCGGCAAAGAAGGAAUUAUUUGAAGCAGACUUUAGAAAUGAAAUACCCAAGCUGGAAAUUGAAGAUUCCAACUUAUCAGCCUUCAGUCCAAUUCAGCACUUCAAUGACAUGCAAAAAAAUCCCAAGCGAGCCAAGAAAAAGGACUUGUCCUUUGCGAUCUCUGCGACAUCUCUUCAACAGG